AUAGGACGUCUGUUGCCACGGCCGUCGAAUGUUCGUAUACAAAUCGGGAACUGCCCUGCAACAGCUCGGGUGCACAAUAAUGACAGCUCUGUGGCUCUCUGUCAAUGUGAUCGACACGACACUAAAUCGCUUUUGUCGUUCGCCAUUCCCCAUCUUUUGAGUAGUGCUACUUCGCUGGAGUUGGAAGACGAACUUCUACGUGACCGGAUCAGAGAUAGCCACUUUCACGAACUUGUGACACAAUCAGCUUGUGCGCCUUUGACGAGACUUGCGCUAUCCAACUGUGAUUUGGGUGGCGUGAAGCCAUGGACGCUCGCCCAGCUAGCUCAGUUUACAGAGCUUCAAGAGCUGAUUUUUGACGGAUGUACCUUUUCUGUGUCCGAAAGUCAGCUUAUUCGUGGAAUGGCACCGUCAUUCAAAACUCUUUCAAGGCUUGAAAUAAAUGAUAACCAUCAGAUAACGGACAAGCUCGCUCGGUCGGUGGCUAGAUGCUGUCCGAACCUGGAAAAGUUUUGUGUCUCGGGAUGUCCACUCGUAUCAGCGCUAUCCGCUCUUGCUCUGAUGGAGUCGGCUUUUUGUCGUGUUAGUCAGAUGCUAACAAUGCAUGUAGAGAAGACGGCAUUCGACGUGGAUCAGCUGAACCGCUUCAUUCACAGUCCGUUGUUCAAUAACCCUGACGAAUGGCAGCUGACCCCGGCCGCCAUUAAUUUGGGCUACGGAAAGCCGGCAGUUUUGGCGGAGCAUAAAAGUGCCGUUUGUAUAUUGAUAUAUGUAUAG